AUGCGCAAUGAAAUGAAGAAACCGUGUAUUGAAGCAGAUUUGGUUCUGACCUUGAUACCUUUUCUGGAAAGCACAGACCAAGACAUGUUGCUUCAUGCUGGGAGGGCUAUUGGCCGUAUCUGUUACGAUAACCUGUACUUGCUAUUAUCAGGUGAUCUUCAGGAAGAGCUGGUGAAGGUAGGAGUCAUCCCAUCACUGGUCCGAAUAUUGACCGAUCAUGCAGAGAGUGAACCACUUGUCCACGUUGACCUAUUGGCCUUAUGCAAUCUUGCAGACCUUGAUACAGCUAAGGAAGCUCUAAGCAAGACAAAGAUUGCUGAACAGCUGGUGAAACAACUGAGAAGAGCAGAGAACCACGAGAGGUUAGAAAUCAUCUUUGAGGUCCUUCAAGCGCUUGCAGAAAAUGAUGCUCUGAAAGUUCAGCUGGUGGAGGCAGGUGUGCAAGAGGUCCUGUCUGACAUCCUUCUGAGGCUCCAGGGCAAUUCACAAGCUGAAGACACGUGCGUUGUGAAGGCCACAUCCGAUCUCAUCGUCUCUCUGCUUCUUGGAGAUGGCAACUGUGUUCGAAUGGUACAGGUGGGAGUCAUACAUCAACUUCUGGAUCUUUUGGAAAAACACGUGGAGAGUGAAGACAUCUCUGUUCAACACGCAGCGCUCAGUGCACUUCGAAACCUUGCUAUCCCAGUUGUUAACAAGGUUCAAAUGCUGGAGGAAGGCGUGGCAGAACGGAUUCAGGCACUUCUACGGUCAGAGAUGCCUCCUGUGCAGUUUAAACUUCUUGGAACACUACGAAUGUUAGCAGAUGGCCAAGCUGACGCGGCUGAAAUCUUGGGCCAAGAUCCCAUGCUGCUGAACAGACUGGUGCAGUGGUGCGAUGUCAGUGACGACACCGACGUUUGUGGAGAAGCAAAUCGGCUCCUAGCAUCAAUCUUGCGUCACAACAGAUCCCAGGAAGUGGUCAAAGCAGUGCAGGAGGCACAAGGAGUGAAGCACCUAGUUUCCAUGACCAUGAGCGAACACGCUGCCAUGCAGAACGAGGCUCUGAACGCCCUGGCAAUAGCAUCUGCUAUUGAUUUAGAAACCCUUGAAGAAUCUUUCAAGGAAUCGCAGCUAGUACAAAGCUUACACAAACUUCUACAAGACGAUAAUACAGGUGCUGAGGUGAAAUAUAAUUCAAUGAGUCUUCUGUGCAGUCUUCUUAAUUCAGGCCAUCUGAGACAAGAAAUAGAAGACAACAAGAUUAAAGAAACGCUCGAACAGCUCUGCAGUCACAGCAAUGCAGAUGUGGUCAAGGAAGCUCUUAUAACACUGCAGAUUUUGAAAGGAGAGUCACCCUACUAGCCCCCUUCCUCUACAGAGCAGUCCUGUGCUGUUGCUGAAGCAAAUGUGAUAAAAUGCCAGCUCUGCCAAUGCCACUUGGCAUUUGUCAUGCUGCUGCACCGAUGCUAUUACAGACCAGUUACAACCCCUGCUUUUGAAACUGUACAUAAAAUGAUUUGGCCUACAGAUAUCUUUAUUACUGCUGUUCUUCACCGAGCUACCAACACAUGCAGUAGGAAUAAAUUCUGUCAAGCAAGAGCGUUUGUAAACAUUAUGUGAGAACCAACAGGCAAUUACCACCUUUGUAAUUUAAGCUGCGUCAUAUUCUCAAAUCAGAGUAUCACAAUUUUUUACUUUUAAGUAUUUCAAAAUCAUUGUGAUUUCAAAAUUACAAAAACCUAAAGCUUGGAUCACACAAACCAAAACAAUUAAGAUUUAGUUUAGAUGUGAGCAAUGGGCUAAUUGGUACCAAUUCAGCUCCUGCACAUUGUGAAUGUAACUGUGUACUCUGUUGUUUAACUGGAAAUCUCACAGCCAUCCACAAAGCUGUACCUUCUAACCAACUCCCUCUCCUCUUCCUCCUUUUAAUUUCUGCUUUAUAAGUCAUCUGAGUUUUUACCUGCUAAUAUAACAAGCUGUACUGCUAAGCACGUGAGGACACGACGUCAUCCUGUGUUCAGAGAUACAAUUAAUAUCAUCUGGAAUUAUAUGCAGUCCAGAUAGCACUUGGACAAGACACAAAUUAAAGGCAGUCAGUUGUGACAAGUGGGCAUUGGUGAAGAUUUGAAGGUGACUGGCAUGGAAUCUCCAGUAAGAUAGUCUCCACUAAGAAAGGGAACUUCACAAAACCACUCCAGACAACUCACUUGGCAACACAAAUCGUUUGUGACUACAUAGUAAGAAAAGAAAAACAGGACCUGAACAGUGUAGAGUUUUCUCUGGCUUAAAGCACACGGCCGUAUGGGCAUCCUAUGACAUUCCUGUGUCCAAAUAAAACAGCUGAAGCCAAGCUCAAUUUCAGAAUGAGAUAAGCACUUGUGCCUAAACCAGGCAUUAAGAGGGAAUAUAUCAGGAUUAUUACACUUUUUUUUUUUUUUUUUAAUUUUCUAUAUACACACAUACUUUAAGUAGCCACACUAAGGUCGCCAUUUUUAACACAAGUGAUCCAGCCUUAACCUUCUACAGUACUUAACCUAGAUACACAAACAAUAAAGCCAUUAUCUAUUGGCUAAAUGUUUCUGAUCUUUCUAAAAUUAGAAUCAAGUUUUUGUUUUAACGUAUUAGAGUCAAAAUGGCCAACACAGACACACCAAAUUAUCAAAUAAACCUCAUGUUCAGACCUGUUAGGUUACUUCCCUUCUGCACUCAGUGAUUUCAGGACCAUUGCUCAGUAAUUAACUGAGUGACACCUGGACUAGUGGCAGUCACAGUACAAACAUCGAUUUAAAACUUCUUUUUAAUAUCUGCAGAUGGCAUCACUGCUUCUCUGCAAACUGACUUUCAACUUUCAUUUUUUGCAUGGCUUUCCAUCAACAGUGAAGAGAAAAGCACACAGGUUACCUUUUAUUCAUCAGUCAAGAUUGAAAAAAAAAUAUCAAGAAUUACGUUGAGUAAAAAAAGCUUAAGUAUUAGCACACCUUUACCUCACAGAGGAUAAUAGCAGUAGUGAUUGCAAGCAAUAAAUCUUAGAAAACAAAUGCCAGAAGUACAAAACAUUUAUUUCAUUUAAUCAAACGUAAGGCUUGAGGAAAAAAAAAAUAUAUAUAUAUAUAUAUAUGUAUACCAAAAGUCACUCAGAAAAGCCAUCUCAGAAGAGACAUGACCUCCCCUUACACAGGAUAAACAUUCAAGCUGCAUGAAAACCCACAGGCAGUAUGGGAAGGAAGAGGAAAGGAUGGAGUGAAGAGACAAAAAAGCAAGGCAAUGCUAUAUAUAAACCAAUUGCCACGUGAACCUCAAAGUACUUGAGGUACAAAUCUAACCACAUGGCACUGUACAAGAAUCAACAGAAAUAAAGACCCCUUGGCAAGUAAUAUUCAGACUUUUAAGAGGUGACUGAAGCUCCUUUGGUCACUGCACUCUUAUUUGUGCUCGUAAUCAUCCUCCUUUCUGUAAACAAACUAACAGUGUUCAAACACGCGUAAGAAACAAGAGCAGUCGCGUUGUGAGAACCAAUUGAGAAAUAAAUACAUUGCUUCACAGAAAUAUAUUGUGCUCAUUUCUGAUAAAUAAAAAUGAUCACACGUUGACAAGUUCCCUUCGCUCAGUCCGGUUAUUCAAGUCUGAUCUUAUAUUUGAUAUCUUCAUUAAAUGCCUUGUUUUCGCCGUAGUGUUAGUGGAGUUGUUCCAAAGGCAACCAAUGAAAUCUCAACAUCAACAAUUUAUCAAACCUAUCCUUGCAAAACUGUUGAUUUUGUUCUCCUUCGGGGCUUUAGAGCAGGCUCACACUCAACUGCUUAUUCUGACAAGCCUUGUUUAAACCAUAAGCUAAACUGUUAGGCAUGAAGUCACUGUGGGUCCAUACAAAAGGUGCUAAAUAAAACUCUAAGUAAAAAAUGUUAAGAAAGUAUUCCCAUUCCAAGUCUGAAAUUACAGUAGCCACAUGUACCACCACCGGGGGCGGCGGUUUAAAUGCUUAGAGGUAAAACAGCCUACAGCCACAGGAUUUUAAAAAAUUUUACUGAAUAAAUGCAGAGGAGGUUAUCCACGGUGAAAACAAAUGUUCAUGAAUGUAAAGAGCCUCAGAUAGGUUGAACUUGCUCUCUUGAAUUCAGUUCCAAAAGAUUCCGAAGAGUACUGAUACAAAGCUGGUGUUAACAUGGCCAAGGCCACUAAGAACAAACUGCAGAAAGACAAUGCUGAUUAAAUUCUGCUUUGCAUACAAACCAGAUCAUCUGAGAACCAAAAGAAAUCAAGCAUUCAUUCAUCUCAGACAUCUUGGCAAGGAUCCACAGACAGUGGAAUUCCGAUAGAUGGAACAGGCCCUUGGUGGCAGCUAACUUCAGUGCAUGAACUCCACAGUGACCUCGCUGAAGCCAUGAUGAUUUUCAUCCACUCUUGAAACAACUUUCCAGCACUACGUGCCUUGUGUCAAAAAAUGGCAAAAUGAAAUGUACUCCCGUGAUGCAAUUUUCAACACGAUGUUUUACAAACAGAAAGUUACAACAGGAAGCGUUCUCCAAUCUUACAUACACCAGAUUAUUACACAGAAUAGAGCAAAAGCUGGUUGACGAGGUGUUGUAAUUGUUUUGAGCACCAGAGUUAAAAGCAAAUGUUACAGAACACCACUUUGUUGCUUGCAAAGUAGCAGUAACUGCAGCAAACGUUUGGCUGCUCCUAAUGGACUACAUUCAGCAAAUAGGUAAUACAGACCACAAGUUCAAGGCUCUGCAGAAGAAAUGCACCUUGCCCUCCCUUCAUUGAUCUACAGCUAUUUUUCCCUUGUUGCAUAAUGAAGCUAAAAAAGUAUCACAGUGCACUUCUAUAGAUUUUACUUACAGGUUUUUCAGAUGAAUAAUAUUGGACUGUUCUCUGUUCUAAGGAAAUCGGCCAACUUUAGACAAGCUUCCUUGUCCUCUUCUGUCUCAAUCACUAGCCAGAAAAAGAACUAUCAAAGCUGCAUUGAAAUAUACAUGAGAAGUACAGCAUUGCCUGCGAAGAGUUUCACAGGCUGAAGA